CUCAAAAGCACAUUGAAGAAGGAGCUCCACAUCAACAAUACCCAGUGGUCAUCUGUGAUCUCGAUGGUCUGGACAGUCAGCUCAAUAACACCCUUCAUCGCUGGCCUCGUUGUCGACUCUCUCGGUGCACCCCUCGCCGGGGCUCUCUCUGUUUUCCUGAUCCUCGCCGGCAACGGCGUGUGCGCAAUCGCUGUUGCCACGCAUCGCCUCAAUAUCUUUCUGUUGGGCCGCGCAAUAUACAGCGUUGGCGGUGGUGCUGUCCUGCUUGUCGGCGAGGUCAUUAUGCUCAAAUGGUUCAAAGGCCGCGCACUGCCGAUUGCUUAUGGCGUCUCGUCAACUAUCAGCAGUAUCAUGUCGUUUUCGGGCCCAGCCACUGUCACCGCUAUCUUGACAAACCAUGCCAAGACCGCAAUCCCCUUUUGGAUCGCAACCGGACUAUCCGCGUUUGGUCUGCUAUGCCUAUUGCCAUUUAACGACUCCGAGUCAGACAUCCCACCACCCAGCAUGUCGGAAUCGCAGAAGCACGGGUUGCUUGGUCGCUGGUGGCAGCGCACUAAAGAGCUAUUUUUAGGGCUAUCGGCGCUACCCGAGUCAUACUGGCAUAUGCUUUUGUGUGUAUCGAUCCAGGGCACGCUGUUCAUCCCGCUCCACGAGAUCGUGCCGGAGAUGAUGGAGACCGAGUGGGGAUACACCAAGGCCAAGGCAAGCAAACUGUUCGUAUACUUGCACGUUAUACCUAUCGUACUGCAUGUUAUCACCGGCGUGGUCAUCAACCGCUACGGCCACCGCAUCAACAUAUUCUGCCUUGGUUCGGUGCUGGUGUUCAUGGCAGCCAUAUUCAUCCGCUUCAUCCGCAAGGUUCCGAUUAUCCUGUCGCUCAUACUGAUGAACAUUAGCGGGUCGCUGGUCCCGGCGUCGAUAUUCUCGCUAAUGAAUAUUGUUAUCGACAACGGCGAGAUAGCGGGUGCAGCUCUGGGACUAAUCCGGUCAGCCGAGUUUGCCAGCGUCACGCUGAUGGAGAUGCUCGACGGACUGCUGCAGGACGCCGACCACAACCGGUACGAUACAGUGCUGAUUGGGCUGGUUGUAUUCGCCGCAUUCCUGCUUGUUGUCGCUGUAGCCAGCGUGUGCCACGACUACCUGAAGAAC